AUGCGAUUCCAAGUUGUUCUAUUGGUCAUUUCCGUAGCAGCGCUACAUAGCUGCGAAGGGCAGCUACUCACUGUCGCUGCAAAUUUGAUCCACUGCCUCCGGUAUCCAGUGCGUGUCAGUGCUUUAACCUGCUGGAACACAACCGAAAAGUUACAGUUCUGGAAUGAAAUCCGUACGCGACAAGUACAUUUUGGCGGAGAGGACACGACCUACUUACCUUGGAACGAUCAUAACCAGCAGCAGAAUAUGAUCGUAAUUGACGCUGCUUGCGCUAGAACGAAACAAUUGCUAAAGGAUGCUGGUCAAUUGCUGUAUUAUCGCGUCAAAUGGAUACUCGUCAACAGUAGGAAUUUUGAUUGUAAGCAAAUGUUGGAAUUCCUGAGUGAUCUUCAAGUUCUGAUUAGCAACGAAAUUUACUAUAUUUGUGCUGCGAAAAAAAUAAAUGAGUUCUCAAUCAUGCAAGUUUAUCGCCACGCAAUUAGCACAGACCUGAUUGAGGAACAGUCGUUCGGGUAUUGGCGACGGGGAAUGAUAGUUAAACUACGAACCAACUCCAUUGCCGCUAUCCGUCGGCAGAACCUGAAUCGGUUUAAACUGAGGGCUUCGCUUGUAAUAACUCAUAACGACACGAUGAAUCAUCUCGAGGAUUACCGCGAUAAGCAAGUGGACACAAUUACGAAAAAGAACUACUUUCUCACACUCUACCUGGUGCAGAGCCUCAACGCGACCGUUCAAUUCAGCUAUGUAAACUCUUGGGGCUAUCGAAAUCCUGAGACGGGUCGUUUUAGUGGAAUGAUAGGCGAACUACAGAAUGAUCAGGCCGAUCUCGGUGGGACUGCCCUAUUCUUCACGGCAGACAGAAUCAAAGAGAUUGACUAUCUAUCAAUGACCACCCCAACCAGGGCCAAGUUCAUCUUUCGAUCACCCAAACUAUCUGUCACGGAUAACGUUUUUCUACUGCCCUUCACUGGACCCGUUUGGCUGUGCAUUAUCAGUUUCAUCCUGCUGUCGGCAGUUCUGCUGCUAAUAAUAAUGCUUGUUGAAUAUACUUACACCUCGGUUCGAUAUGGACACAGCGUACGUCCAAACUUGUUGGAUACGAUCAUGAACAUGUUUGGUACUUCUUGUCAGCAGGGCUCCUAUCUGGAGCCAAAAUCGCUUCCUGCCAGGUGUCUCAUCUUGCUCAGUUUGAUUGUGCUGAUGUUCCUUUACGCCAGCUACUCGGCCAAUAUCGUAGCGCUGAUUCAAUCGCCUUCCACUAGGAUUCGAUCCCUGCAAGACCUGCUCAGUUCCCGUCUGGCGACAGGAGCGGAAGAUACGGUUUACAAUAAGUACUAUUUUACGCAUGAAACGGAACCGGUGAGGAAGGCGAUUUAUGAUCGUAAAAUGAGAGAUCGAGAGGACGCUUUCAUUCCACUGGUUGAAGGUGUUCAGAAGAUACGUGAGGGCUUGUAUGCGUUUCACGUUGAACUUGGAGUGUGUUACAAGGUUAUCAGCGAGACUUACCAGGAGGAUGAAAAAUGUGGUCUACAGGAGAUAGAAUAUCUCAACAUAAUCGAUCCGUAUUAUGCAGUGAAGAAAAAUUCAUCCUUCCGUGAAAUCGUACGGCUGGCGCUGUUUCGAUUGCGCGAAUUUGGCAUUCAAGAUCGGGAACAUUCAAUGAUAUACACAGCGAAACCAAGAUGCACCGGUGGCAGUAGUUUUAUUCCCGUUUCGAUCGUGGACGUUUGGCCCGCUUUGAUGCUGCUUGCUUGGGGUUUUGGAAUUUCUACUGGGAUGUUUCUGGUAGAAAAGCUCCUAACCAUGGCCAGAAAGCGAAAUCAAGUUGCCGAUGCGAAUGGAGCCUUCUUCAAGCGAUCGCUUAUGUAGAUAACAGUUUAUAAUACAUGCUCUCUAAUACUAUACAUUUUUUAUGUACAAAAGAUAAAACUCAUUGCAUACUG